UUAACAUCAGAAGGUGAAAUAAAGGCUAGAACCAAUUUAUUUGGGGUCUGGCUCGGGUUUUCCCGGUUCCGAACCGUCUAUAAACCAUUAAUUUUCCGGUGAGGGGAAAAAACUCCGGCAAGAAAAUGGCAGCUGCCGGAAAAUGCUUCCUUGUAACUGGCCCUGCUGGUAUUGGUAAGACAACUUUGAUAGUCAGAGUACUUGAAACUCUCAGAAAUUCAAAUCCUAAUUUGAAAGUUCAAGGGUUCUACACUCGUGAGAUUAGAGAAGGAACUGAGAGGAUUGGAUUUGAGGUUGUGACGCUUGAUGGACGUACGGGGCUUCUUGCUUCUAACAAAAUCUCGAGCGCGCAGUCUCUUAGAUGGCCCACCGUGGGAAGAUACAGGGUAGAUGUUGCAUCAUUUGAGUCGUUGGCAUUACAAGAGUUGCAGGUAAGGGAAGAUACCGAUCUCUUCAUUAUCGAUGAAAUUGGGAAGAUGGAGCUCUACAGCUCCUCAUUCUUUCCAGCUGUACUUAAGGUCCUUCAAUCUAAUAUCCCACUCUUGGCUUCUAUCCCCAUUACAAAAGUAGGCCGAGAUAUACCUGGAGUUGCGAGGAUGAAGAAUCAUCCAGGAGCUAGAGUUUUUACACUUGAUGCAAAUAACAGGGAUGCGAUGAGAGAACAAAUAUGCUCCACGUUAGCAGAUGUGCUGCAAAAGCCUUAGACGUCGAAGAGCAUACUCUUCCAGCUAAUGUUGUAAUUGCUCCUCCUGAUACACUACUCAAGAAGACAAGUCCCCUUAAAAUCUCCAACACUUUGAAGACCACUUGGUGGCGUAGAAUGCUCAGAACAAUUGCUGAGAGAGGAAUUUUGAAGACGAGAGAGGAAAAAAAUGGAGCGAUGUUUUUCUAUAACGCGUUGCUGGUCAAUUCUAACUUUUCUGAAGCUUCCUUUAAUUUAUUUUCUGUGUUAGUAUGGUGUACUGAAAGAAGACAGUGUGCUGUUUAAUUAUAUAGAUUGUGAAAAACUGAUCCAGUCCUUCCUUGAACUCCGUGCAUAGCGGAAGUUUAGUAUGUCAGACUAUUUUUUUUUUUUUAAAAAAAACAUUUGUUGUAUUGAGUUCCUCCAAUCAUGGUUGGAAACUUGUAGCCUUCUUCGACCGCCUUGACAACCUUGAUGGUUAGAAGAUGACUUGAAGGACUGAAAAAGAAGAAAGAAACAACAAUAACAACAUGAGCAAUUUGUUAUAUGUCAAA